AUGGCACCUUUGAUGCAUGUGAUACCGCGACUUCUUAUACUUUACGGCAGUGAAACGGGCAAUGCACAGGAUGUAGCUGAGUUCAUUCAACAACGUGCAUUGAAUCGACAUUUUGUAGAUACGCAAAGUUUGGCAAUGGAUGAGUUUCCUGUGGCCGAUAUGCUUCCACAAUGUUCGACUGUCGUCUUUGUUGUAUCUACAACUGGAGAUGGAGAAGCUCCUGAGAAUAUGCGUAUGAGUUGGCGAUUUUUAUUACGUAAGACAUUAGGAUCACAAUGGCUGGCUAAUGUACACAUUGCAGUCUUUGGUCUUGGUGAUUCUAGUUAUGCAAAGUAUAAUGCAGUAGCUAGACGAUUACAAGCGCGUCUUGUACAGCUCGGGGCAAUUGAAAUUAUUGAACGAGGUCUUGGUGAUGAUCAGCAUGUUUAUGGCUACUUUGGUGUCUUAACUCCGUGGCUUGAAAGACUCUGGACAGCACUUUUAAGACUAUAUCGAAUGCCAGAGAAUAUGGUUGUUGAUGACUCGCCAAAACCAAUGCAACCUCAUUAUUCUAUCAUUGAACACGGAAGAGAAUGUAGUGAAAUGCAAGAAAUAGCAUGUUUGACGCCAAAAAUGGAUCAAUCAAACUUUUAUGAUCCACCACGUACCACAAUUGGACGUGAGAAGGGUAUAAUCUGGGCUUCGCUUAUGGUGAAUGAGCGAAUUACCGCUGAAAACUGGGAACAGGAUGUAAGGCAUUUGGAAUUUCAAGUCACUGAUGACUUGAGAUCAAAUGAUGAAGCUAUUUCGUCAUUUAGAGCUGGAGACGUUGCAGUUAUGUACCCUGAAAAUGUAAUUGGUGUAGACGAUAUGCUGCAGUAUGUGAAAAUGGAUGGUGAUACUGUGAUUUCAAUCAAUGCUGCUGAUGGCUCAAAACAGUUUGAUUUUCCUUCGCCGACUACGAUUCGAGACUUAUUUACGAAAUAUUUAGCGAUUCUCGAGACACCACGUCGAAGUUUCUUUGAAAAAUUAUCUCUUUAUGCAGUUAAUGAAGAAGAAAAAGAAAAGCUCGAGGAAUUAGCAUCAGCCGAGGGUGUCGACUUGCUAUAUGACUAUUGUAUUCGUGAGAAGAAGACGUACGCAGAAGUUUUAAUUGAUUUUCCAAGCGUGAACGUUCCGUUGACGAUUCUAAUGCAGCUGAUUCCCCGUCAACAACCGCGAUCAUACUCAAUCUCAUCAUCGUCUUUACUACACCCAGGACGCGUGCACUUGACUGUGGCAAUUGUAGAUUUCUUGACACCAUACAAACGACGUCGCCUUGGUAUCUGCUCGUCCUUCUUCAAGUCAUUAGAUCCAUCAAUAGAGAAAAAGCGUGUGCCAAUGUGGAUUAAAAGAGGCGUCUUUACACCGCCAAGCUUAAAGCACGACUUGUUACUAAUCGGUCCUGGUACUGGACUUGCCAGCAUGCGAGCCGUAAUACAAGAGCGUCACGUUUUGCGUAAAGAAGGCCACGAUGAUUGUAUUGGAGCCACGUACCUUUACUUUGGAUGUCGCCAUGAAAACAAGGACUUCCUGUAUCGAGAUGAACUCCGUGGGUUUGUGUUAACUGGUGAUCUUACUGAGCUGCACACCGCGUUCUCACGUGAUCAGGAUCAUAAAAUCUACGUGCAGACACGUCUAGCAGAGCAAAAAGAGACAAUUUUUGACUUUUUGAUGAAGAGCAAUGGAUGUAUUUACAUUGCUGGAUCUGCUAAACGAAUGCCUACGGAUGUGUACGAAGUAUUACGUGAUAUUCUUCGUUCAGUAGGAAAAAUGUCUCUUGGAGACGCUGAGAAGAUCAUGAAGACGUUGGUUCGCAAUAAGCGCUAUGUCGUAGAAGCCUGGUCUCUAAAAAUGAAUGAUGCAAACAUAUUGGAGCUGGAGCAGCAUGUGCGUACAUUUGUGAAGCUCACGAAUCUCACACAGACAUUGCAAUUGCACGAAUGGAACAUUGAAUCGCUUCAAAGAGCGUUGGAAUGGUCGUGUUUAGCUGAAGAUGUGGCAAAUAUAAAUGACACUCAAUUCGACGUCGAGAAGCAUAUUCGUCAAUGGUUUCCAGUCGCCACAUUGCCCACGUUGCCUCUAGAUAGCGUACUCACCAUCGAAUCUUUGCGUCUUGCGAGGUUUCAUUUACUACGAUCCAUUUUGCAAAGUCCAUUCUUAGCAUCACAUCCGACGCGAUCGGAAUUGGUGGUAGCAGUACUUCAGGAACUUCAAAAUAGACGAGAAGAUGCUUUGUAUCCUUCGACUGAUGAUAUUGAAGAAGAUUCACCUCAUAGUGCGUUGCUUACUGAAGCGAUUGUUGGACCAAAGCGAACGAAUGCUCUGCUCGCAAUAGCAAGAAAAUUAAGUGACAGUUGUAAGCGUGUGCGUGUACAAGUGCUUUCAGGGUGGGUUGAGAUCCUUCCAUUAAAAAGCUAUGCACUUUUGCCACGUACGCUUUAUCUCAAAUCUAUGGCAAAAACUUUGCAACGAAAUGCUGUCGAUGCUCGAGCUGCUAUAAGCCCGAAAACGUAUCAAUGCUUUUUAGAGGACCUUAGGGACUGUUUUAAGGCGCCGGAUGGGAACGAUGUUCGGGAAGUUGUUGUGUUAAUGCUGGUCAUGUGCGAUUGGCCAAAGGAAGAGCCUGUGCAGCUUGAAGGAAUGGUGACUGACCUUGUAAACAUUGUGAGUCAAUGGGUCACGGAGAAGCCUAUUCGAUUUUGGACUUUCCACCCGUAUUUAGCUGCCAUGUUAGCAAGUAAAACAGAAGACCUUGUACGUGCUUACGUCUCGGAGUUAUUCACAACAGGACUAUUGCAACCAUGGGAACGCGAGUUCGUCGAUCGGAUCGCAACUCUUGUUUUACAACCGAAAGGUGUGGAGAAUAUCCUAAAGCCUGCGUUGUCAAAGCUCGAUCCUCAUUUACAACAAGUCUACUUCAAUGUCGAUUUGAUGCAACACUCUUCAUAA